AUGGCUCUUCUCCAGCUUGCCGGCCUUGUUACUCUGAUUGCCUUUUCGUCUGUAGCAAAGGCCCAAAUCACUACGCCCUGUACUUAUCAGGAGUAUGUGUGUGGCUCGACACUGUUGGCCAAUGGAUACACGGCUCUUACCGACUUGAGACCAGCAUAUGCUAUCAACCCUGACGCUCCGACAAUCACAGAUGCCCAACUCGGCCAGGUCCUCUUCCGCUGCGUCGAUCAAGCCGGCGGUAUUGUCGGCAACUCUUACUGCAUUGUUGGCUGUGCUGUGAUCGGUGACGACACCGCCAAUGACCAGUGUACUAUGUAA